AGACUACGAUUCAAGGCGCGAAGAAAAAAACGGUGAUAAUUCUGUUGGUUUUUGAAUGCAAACACAACAUUUGACUGGAGACAUCAGGAGACACCUGGAGACAUCAGGAGACAUCAAGAGACAUCAAGAGACAACAGGAGACAACAAGAGACAUCAGGACACACCUGGAGACACCUGUGCUCAAAUGGCAGAGUCGAGUAAUCAGAAGCAGAUGAUGAAUCGUGUGAGCCACCAGCAGGCCAGCCAGCUGCUGCACAACAAGUGUGUUGUGGUCCUGGGAGACUCAAUUCAGAGGUCGGUGUAUAAGGACCUUGUUCUUCUGUUGCAGAAGGACAAAUAUCUCUCUCGGAGCCAGCUCAAGAGCAAGGGCGAGAUGAGUUUCGAGCAGGACUGCCUGGUGGAAGGAGGUUGUCUUGGUGAAAUGCACAACGGAACAGAGUACCGGGAGGUUCGUCAGUUUCAGUCGGACCACCAUCUGGUCCGCUUCUACUUCGUGACGCGCGUAUUCUCCUCCUAUGUGCAGCGCAUCCUGGAAGACUUCCGCAAAGGAUUGAAACCAGAUGUAAUAAUUAUCAACUCCUGCGUGUGGGAUAUUUCAAGAUAUAAUUCCAGUUGGCAUGAUACCUACAAGGAGAACCUGCAUAAGUUCUUUGAUGAUCUGAAGGGUAUUGUGCCAGAGGAAACCCUGGUCAUAUGGAACCUCACCAUGCCCUUAGGAGAGAGGAUCACAGGUGGUUUCCUGGUGCCCGAGAUUAAGGACAAGGCUCCUCACCUGCGUUACGAUGUGAUCGAAGCCAACUUCUACAGCGGGAUUCUGGCUGACGCCUACGGGAUGGAUGUGCUGGACCUCCACUUCCAGUUCCGCUUCUCCCUGCAGCAUCGUACGACGGACGGAGUCCACUGGAACGCCGUCGCCCACCGCAGGAUAACCUCUCUGCUGUUGGAGCACUCUGCACAGGCCUGGGGUGUUGUUAUGCCCUGUGCACUGACUGCUGUUGAGCGACACCCAUCAAGGGGACAUUACAACGGCUACAGGGAGGAGUUCCUCAGCGAUGCUCCGGCUUAUGGUUACCUGAGUUUUGAGAACAACCAACGGCCAUAUAACAUGCCACCGCCCCGCCUCAGAAAUGAGCAUACUGAGGAUUCAGCUCAGAAGCCAGCCAAAGAAAAUGUUUCCAAACCUGCAGGAAGGCAUCGAGUACAGCGUUUCUUUAACUGCCACCCCCCUCCUCCUCCCUACUAUUUUCCCCAUAUGGUGCGACACCCAUCAAGGGGACGUUACAACGGCUACAGGGAGGCGUUCUUCGGCGAUGCUGUGGCUUAUGGUUACUUGAAUUUUGAGAACCAACGGCCAUAUCACAUGCCACCGCCCCACUUCAGAAACGGUUUCGACUACAGGCCUCCCUACGACGAGCGCCAUCAACGGAACGUGAUGAGGAGCCGACACGCCAGACCCCACUACACUCCGUACACCCACCACAGACCCCAUCAAUACGGCCGUCGUGGCAGCUACUACUACUGAGGCAGGAAGUUUUUUAGAAGACGGUCAAGUUAAUUAAAAACUAAGAUUUUAUUUUAUGUCUGUGUAACAUGCAUACAUUGUUCAUUUUUUCUUAUAUCGUAAAUUGGUCUUUUAGUGGUUAGAAUUCAUUUUCAAAGUUUGUUCUUUGGCACCAAUAACUGAUUUUAAAUAUAUUUUUCAUUUCAAAACAUUUUAAAAUCAUGCACUUAAAAAUGUGUCAGGUGCUGUUUUCUAUUGAAAUCGAUGCCAGGGGACUGUUUUUGACUGGUUUUAAAAUGAAUCACUUAUUAAAGUUGUAAAUGAAUGAUC